UUCAUGCAAUCCUUUACCAAUCUCCACAGAGCCUCAGCACAUCGCCGUCUAGCACUCCUGACCAAUUCGAUCGCUGCAAUCUCUAUAUCAAUUCCAGCAACCAACCAAGACCAUUAUGUCGACAUCCUCCUUCCCACCACAGGAGCUCCGCGAGAUCGUGAAGGAGGUCGCAACGCUCCUCAAAGACCGCAAAGAAACAAUCUCCGUCGCAGAAACCGCAGCAGGCGGCCUAAUCUCCUCAUCCCUCCUCUCCUACCCCGGCGCCUCGUCCUUCUACCGCGGCGGCCUGACCCUCUACACGCUCGAGAGCCGCAAAGCAUUCGUCGGCUGGACCGACGCGGAUACGCAGAACUACAAGGGUCCUACGCCGGAUAUUGUUACGAAACUCGCUGAUAACACGAGGAAGACGCUCGAGAGCACGUAUGCAGUGAGUGAGAGCGGGACCGCGGGGCCGACGGGGGGGAAUAACAGGAAUAGGACGCCGGGGUAUGUGGCGCUUGCUGUGUCUAAGGAGGGCGGGACGGUGACGAGGGAGGUGGAGACUGGGAGUAAGGAGAGAGAGGGGAAUAUGGUGAUGUUUGCGUUUGAGGCCCUUAAGUUGGUACGGGAUACUAUCAAGGGGGAGGGAGGGGGAAAGGAUGAGAGGGAGAACAGGAGUGGGGAUGUGCAGGAGGAGGGUGUGAAGCUUGUUCCGGGGGAUAAGGAGACGGAUGAGGCUGCUGUUGGUGCUUUUGCAAGCUGA